CGCAGCCCACAGUAGCCGUAUUCGUGCUCAGUGGCGCCGCUGUUCGGCGUUACGUUACCGGACCUGACGUCCGAUGCUCAUAAAUCACAGAAUCAACACAUUCGCCGUAACGGGUCGUGCUCUCUGACAUUUGUGAAAGGGUCCGAAUGAUAAAAUGAUUCUCACGGUGAAGCCACUUCAAGGGAAGGAAUGUAGCCUGCAGGUCACAGAGGACGAGAAAGUGUCGACGGUGAAGGAGCUCAUCUCUGACCGUCUGAAUAUCCCCCCCAGUCAGCAGCGGCUGCUUUACAAAGGGAAGUCUUUGGCAGAUGAGCACCGGUUAAGUGAUUACUCCAUCGGAGCAGACGCCAAGCUCAAUCUGGUAGUGCGGCCCACGGGAGAAAGGGCAGGGACAGCCGGGGGCUCCGGAGGUGGUGGAGAAUGCGGCAGCAGUGCGGUGUGGCAGGCCCUCUCUGUGGUGCUGGCCAAACAUUUCAGUCCUACGGAUGCAGCUAAGGUGCAGGAGCAGGUUAUCAAGGAUUACGAACGCUCCCUCCGGCAGCUCAGCCUGGAUGACAUCGAGCGCCUGGCCAGCCGGCUGCUGCACCCAGAGGCGGGGGGCAUGGACACCUCAUACAUGGACUGAGAAAAGUGCCCUUCUGGGGACACGGGCGGCCGACAGC